AUGGCGUCGCCAUUGUUUCUGUUUCUAUGUUUUUAUUCACUGUUUUUCACUACUUCAUAUUCCCAGAGGCAGUCAUUGUUGAGCACAAAUUACUACCAAAAAACUUGCCCAAGAUUUGAGCAAAUAUUGCAAGACACCACCACCAACAAGCAGAUCUCAUCCCCCACCACUGCCGCCGCCACCCUCCGCCUCUUCUUCCAUGACUGCUUUGUCGGCGGCUGCGACGCCUCAGUCCUCAUCUCCUCCACCCCUUUCAACAAGGCUGAGCGAGAUGCUGACAUCAAUCUCUCCCUCCCCGGCGAUGGCUUCGAUGUGGUGGUCCGUGCCAAGACCGCCCUGGAACUAGCCUGCCCCGGCGUCGUCUCUUGCGCCGAUAUCCUCGCCGUGGCGGCCCGAAACCUAGUUUUGAUGAUGGGCGGCCCUUAUUACUCCGUAAAACUAGGCCGGAAGGAUUCUCUAAUCUCAACAGCUUCUUCAAUCGACGGCAAUCUGCCGAAAGCCACAAUGCCGAUGAAUCAAAUCAUUCAAAUAUUCGAAUCCAGGGGGUUUUCCGUUCAAGAAAUGGUGGUACUCUCUGGCGCACACACAAUCGGAUUUUCCCAUUGCAAAGAAUUCAGCUCCAUUUUAUACAACUAUAGCACAACAUCAGAAUCCGCCCCAUCUUACAAUCCCAGAUUUUCCCAAGCACUGAGAGAUGCCUGCGCAAAUUAUCAUCAAAACCCAACAUUAUCUGUGUUCAAUGAUGUAAUGAGUCCAAACAAAUUCGAUAAUAUGUAUUUCCAGAACUUGCCGAAAGGAUUAGGGCUUCUUUCGUCGGAUCAUGCUCUGUAUUUGGAUCCGAGAACGAAGCAAUAUGUGGAUCUUUAUGCGAAAAAUCAAACGGCGUUUUUUGAAGCAUUUGGUGCUGCAAUGGAGAAGUUGAGUGUAUAUGGUGUCAAGAGUGAAGGGAAAGGGGAGAUUAGGCGCAGAUGUGAUGCAUUCAACAACUGA